AUGGGUCAUCCACCGAUGGUAUGUGUUGCUCUAGAUACAUGUAAAGGCAAGGCAAUUGAAGAUCCAUUAUUGCUUAAAAAAUUAUUAGAACUAUCUGAUAGCAAGAUAGAGCAUUUACCUGCUUUAUUACUUUUUGUGCCAGGCAUGCCUGUCAUUUUAACGCAAAAUAUUGCUAUUGAAUUAGGUCUUAUCAAUGACAUUAAUGGAAUAUUUGGACAAUUAGUAUAUCACGAAGAUUCUAUAUCAACAGAAAAUCUAUCGGAAAUGGUUCCGAAUAAUACGCAAUAUAUCCGUCGACCAAUAUAUGCUGUAAUUGAGAUGGUUAAAUCGAAGAUUGAAUGUAAACUUCAAGAUCUUCAACCAAAUAUUCUUCCGAUUCCAUUAGCUGAACAAACAUUUCGUGUCGACGUUGCCGAUAUUCUUCCCAAAGACAAAAAACCAAGGUCAAAUCAAAGGGCAAGUUUAACAAUUAAGCGAUCUGCAUUACCACUUAUGCCUGCUUAUUGUAUCACAACACAUAAAAGUCAAGGUCAAACAUUGAGUAAAGCGGUUAUUGAUUUAAAAUUACCAAAUGAAACAGAUGAUAUCGCAGCAGUAUAUGUACCCUUGUCCCGUGUAAAACGCUUGGUUGAUAUAGCUAUUCUACGACCAUUCGAUUACAAAGUAUUGCUGAUGUAA